GUUGUAUCAAUUGCAAUUGCAUCUAGCUUAUUACGAAUUAAGGGAUUAAAUAAUGAGAUUAAAAAUUCAAAAGUUGGUAUAGAAGAAUCCAAAUUAUCUAUAAUAAUCCUUUGGUUAAACUCUUUUAAUAAGCAUUUAGCUGAUAUUAAAGAAUUAGAAUUACGAAAAUAUACUUUGUGA